AUGAGAUUGAAGCUGCUUUCGCGAUCGAGUCUUGUCGUGUCGUGUGAUGAGUUCGUUCUGGGCCAGAAAGAGCCCCUUUUACUGACCUGGGAUAUCAAAGAAGAAGUGCACCAGACGGACUGGAUAGGACUCUAUAGGACGGACGAAACCGACCCUCAGAAAUAUUUGGACAAGAAGGAGAUCAACAAAGGAGCUUCAGGGAAACAACGUCACUUAACAUGCCGAGGAGGUGUACUGUGGCCUCUGGGCGAGAAUGUGUUCACUUGUGAAGAUCAACAGGUUGUGGCUGCCUGUUUCCGCUAUUAUCAUGGCCCAUCUGCAGUAUGUCGCGCCGUUUCACCUGUAGUGCAAAUUUGUAAAACCAGUCAGGCUCAACAAGAGAUCCUGAUGGGCUACUCGAAUCAGCAAUUUCCGCAGGAAAUGCUCCGCUUCACAGUCACCAAUCUCCAUGCGCAGAAUCUCAAACGCGGAAUAUUCUUCAGUCCCGACCCCUAUACCAAAAUGACCAUCCAGCCCGGGAACGGCGAGGGCGUUCUACUGCUCCCGCAUCACGGGCAGGUCUGCCGAACCACGGCGGCCGAGAGCACGGUCAACCCUCGAUGGACUCGGCUCCAAUUCGAAUUUAUCGCCUAUCCGACGGACGUACUCGAGUUUGAAAUCAAGGACAAGUUCUCGAGACCGCGACCGCUAAUGUCUCGCUUUCUCGGGAAACUCCGAGUUUCGAUCCAGGAACUAAUUGGCCAAUGCGGUCCGAACAAUGUCGCCGAGCUGAGCUAUCCGCUGCUCAGCCGGAAUCCGUCGGACAACCCGAUAAGCGGGAAUCUUUUGUUCAGCUUUUUCUUGGAGACAGUUGGCGCUGUCGAUCCCUGGCUGCAUAUCCGCCAAGUUCAAAACCCGAUUCUGGCCGACGGGGCUGGAUCCAUGGGCGGCUCAAUGUCGACGACGAGUUCCAGCAACUCGCUCAGUAGUCACAAUCCACCUCCGCCGCCAGCGCCGGAGUCCCCACCAAAGAAGAGCAGCUAUCUUGCGCUCCAGCGUCGAGCUCUAACCUCGGACCAGCCCCCGUCGAUCCAGCAGGCCCAAACGCAGCAACAGAAGCUCGAAACGCAGCCACCCGCUCAUUCGAAGCAAUCGACACAGAGCUGUUCUCAGAGAGCGCUGACGACCGAAGACGACGAUGAGAGCACCACAGAAAGUGGAGCUUCGGAAGGAGUUGGGGACGAGACGGCCCCGCCCCCACCCCUGCCUCCGAAGCGGAAUCAUCAUAAGCCCCUCGAAAGGUCGAAUGCCUCUAAUCCCAUUUGCGAGGGCGGACAAUCCGUUAGCCCUCAAGCCAACGGUGAUGCCGGAUCGUCUGCCCAGCCACUGACCAACUACUGUGAUAGUUCUAUGAGCGAGGACGAGGACAGGGACGAGAUGCUUGCCGGGAACGACACCGAAGAAAUUUAUCCGAACGACGAGACGGCUCCCCCCGGAAUAGAUGACGAAGACGAUUUCCCUCAAGAUCAACAGACCUUGGACAUUUCCCGUCUAUCCCUGGAGCAAGUCUCGCCGCGGAGACCGAGCUCCAGCAGCAUCGCUUCCAACCACACGGGCGGUUCCAACUCCGAGGAAACAGUAUUAAGCGGGACGGCGCCGUUAGAAAUUCCAGUCAAUCAUGAACUGCUGCAAUCGGAUUCCAUGAGUCAGUCGCUCGCGGAAGCCAACCCGAUUUUCGAGGUCAGCAUAACGUCGACUCUACCCGGAACCCUCGCAUCUGGCCAUCGUUCGGGACUGUCAGCCAACAAUCGGGAUGAUUCGUCGAGCUCGUCGUCUACCAGCUGCUCGCAGACCAUGAGUGAUGAACCCACAACGACAGAGGAAGGUGACAGCGAUUCUUCGGAGGACUCCGAAGACGACGACGACGACGAAGAGCGCGAGGACGAUGACGAAGGUGUUGGAGAAAAUAGUCGGCAAGAGAUCAUCGGAGACUUGGCCUCUGAGGAAGGCCUCUCGCAACAGGAUUGCGCUUCGAUGGACACGGUGAACGGCGCCGCCGACGGUCUUGAAGCAGCUCCCAGCUGUCCGGUUCGAACGGAGAGACUGAGGAGAGACGAAGACGGUGAGGACGACAUCGAUUCGGCAACAAACUUGAACGAAAAUCACACUUCGUCUCGAACUGCAGUUAGGAGAAUGCACGGUCGCAAUGUGGUCACGAGAUUGCCAUCGAUACCGGAAAGAACCGUCCGGUACCAACGAGUUGACGUCGACGACCCCCUGCCGACCAAUUGGGAAGCCCGAAGAGAUGCCCACGGUCGGAUUUUCUACAUCGAUCACCUCAACCGAACGACGACCUGGACGCGGCCCGGGCCGCCGACCAUCGCCGGUCAGACCGCCCAGCAGGCGAUGUCGGCGGCGACGUUGUCCACGGAACAACUGCAAAGACAGCAGUUGGACAGACGCUACCAGAGCAUUAGGAGAACGAUGAGCAUGAAUCGUCAAUAUCGCGGUCUCGUGAUGCGGGACGGCACGAACAACGAUUCGCAGCCCCCGCCGCCUCCACCCCCGUCACAGCAGUCGCCAUCGCACCCGCAGCAGCCUGCCCACCAUCAGAGUAAUCGCCAUCAUCAUUCGCAUCACCAUCACUCGCAUCCUCAUCAUCAUCAUCAUCAAGCGUCGAGCGUCGCGGCCUCGAUACUUCCACAGCCGAAUCUCACGAUUCAAAACGGGAUAAUAAAUAUACAAACAACGCCAACACCUCCGUCGGUGAUGCUCUCCCCAGGGAGAAGUUCCCCCCCUCCCCCAGCACCUCCUCUCACCACGAGCCCAUCAUCAUUGUCAACGGGGGUCGCCGGUUCCGCGCAUCAUCAAGCCACAGGCGGAGUGGCAGCCAGUACUUCUCCAGAGAAUUGUUUGCUGGAUAGCGGAUUCGUAGGCAGUCCUCUCAGCGAACUGCCUGGAAUUCCUGCUUCAACGACAGCCGCUGCCACGGUAGCCGGUGCUGCGGUUGCCGUCGCUAAUCAGCAGCAGAAACAGCAAGCCUCGCAAGCGCAAAGCGUUGCGCCUGCCGGAGCUUCGAAGUACCUGAGGCUCCCCGCGGUCCGAUUCCUGACCCGCUCAGACUUCUUCAAUGUACUCCACAUGAACGAUGAGGCGCUGUCGCAGUACAACCGCUCGUCGAGUCUGAAGCACAUGAUCAGCAAGAUCCGGAGGGACGCCCCGAACUUCGAGAAAUAUCAACACAAUAGAGAUCUCGUCGCGCUUCUCAAUCGCUUCGCUGAUAAAGCAAAGGAGCUUCCCGCAGGCUGGGAGACCAAGCUUGACCGCAGUGGAAAGCAAUUCUUCAUUGAUCACACAACUCGUACGACGACUUUCAUAGACCCUCGGUUGCCCCUCGACGUACCUUAUCUGAAUCCCAACAAGCUCGUUGUUCCUUUGGCUGCUCGCAGAGCCCGCAACGAAACGGUGUCUCAGGCCGGCGUCAGCCACACUCCGAGCGACGAAGGUGAUGGACUUGGGAUGUCACGGCCGAGGCCUACGCCGUCCCCGCAACCGGUACCUCCUCCGCGGCCUCCACAGGCAGCUGCGUCGACUGCUCCUUCCGCCCCUGUCGCGACUGUACCUCUCGCACCUACUGCGUACAACGACAAAGUUGUCGCAUUCCUGCGUCAAGCCAACAUCAUGGACAUUCUCAAAGAGCGCCAGCCGUCUAUUCGAGACAACACCGUUUUGAAGGAUAUGGUUAACCAAAUCCGGCAGGAAGGAGUGUCUUCAUUGAGUAGGCUUAGUCACGACGUUGAUCUCAAUCUUCUUCUCAGCCUCUUUGAACAGGAAAUAAUGUCCUACGUUCCUGCGACGCUUUCACAACAACCCGUACAAAACUCCCCCCACUCGUCUCCAGCUAUGCAACGAUCGAACGUUCGGGCGCCCGCACCUUACAAGCGUGAUUUCGAGGCGAAACUGAGGAACUUCUACCGCAAACUCGAAAACAAGGGUUUCGGCCAAGGACCGUCAAAACUGAAGCUCAACAUUCGUAGGGACCAUGUUUUAGAAGAUGCAUUCAACAAAAUAAUGGCCGCCAGUAAAAAGGACCUACAGAAAAGUCGUCUGUAUAUCGGCUUCGCCGGUGAAGAGGGCUUGGACUACGGUGGUCCAUCUCGAGAGUUCUUCUUCCUCCUCAGUCGGGAGUUGUUCAACCCCUAUUAUGGAUUGUUCGAAUAUUCUGCCAACGACACAUACACUGUCCAAGUGAGCCCGAUGUCGGCGUUCGUCGACAACCAGCACGAAUGGUUCCGUUUCUCGGGCCGCGUAUUGGGUCUAGCGUUGGUCCAUCAAUUCUUGCUCGAUGCCUUCUUCACGAGACCCUUCUACAAGGCGUUACUACAACUGCCAUGCUCGUUAAGCGAUUUGGAGUACCUCGACGAAACCUUUCAUCGAUCUCUUCAAUGGGUGCGCGAUAACGACAUAUCAGAAAGUGAUUUGGAGCUGACGUUUUCGGUCAUUGAGAAAGUCGCGGGCAAAACGUUGGAGAAGGAGUUGAAACCUGGCGGGAGGAACAUUCAGGUCACAGAACGGAAUAAGAAAGAGUACAUCGACAAAAUGGUCAAGUGCCGGCUCGAGCGAGGAGUAUCCGAACAAACCCAAAGUCUUGUGAAAGGAUUCCACGAAGUUAUUGAUCAUCGACUGCUGAGUGUUUUCGAUGCUCGGGAGCUCGAGCUCGUCAUUGCCGGAACCAUGGAGAUCGACAUCAACGAUUGGAGGAAGAACACCGAAUAUCGGUCAGGGUAUCACGAUAGUUACCCCGUCAUUCAAUGGUUCUGGAUGGCGAUCGAGCGUUUCGAUAACGAACGACGGCUCCGUCUCCUUCAAUUUGUUACGGGAACCUCUAGCAUCCCGUACGAGGGCUUCGCAGCGCUGAGAGGAUCUAAUGGUCCGAGAAAGUUCUGCAUUGAGAAAUGGGGCAAGCCGACGAGUUUGCCGAGGGCUCACACUUGUUUCAAUCGCUUGGAUCUUCCGCCGUACACUUCAUUCGAGAUGCUCUAUGAGAAACUUCUUUUGGCGGUGGAAGAGUCCAGCACAUUUGGAAUCGAGUGA